ACCCCGCCGUUCACCAUCCAUACCGACAACCGCCAUGCCCAGAGGCGUCAAGGGCACGAAGGCCCAGCAGCCGACCGCCAAGCGGACGCCUCGCAGUGCGAUCAAGCCCAAGCACACAGCCGGCGAUCUCUCCAAUGCCGGGAGCACUGGCGCAAAGCAACAACCGGCAGCGAGGCGGAAGCGGAAGGCCGAGGAGCCGCCCGAAAGCCUCGAUAAGCCCGCACAGAAGCGGAAGAGAGCUGCGCCAAGCAGAUCACAGAAGACUCGCGGGCCGUCGUCUCGGGGCAAGCGUGUGUCGGCAAAGGCGGGCAAAGACGACGAUGCAUUCUCCGAGACAGGCUCCACUGACGGCGACGAUGGUGAUGCCUACUCUGCCAGUAACGGCGAUGAGGACGAUGGUAGUGCAGAUGAGAGUCACAACGAAAGCCAGAACAGCGGCAGUGAAGAAGAAGACGACGACGACGAGCGCCGCCGAAAGCCCCGCAAAGGACCGCGAGGAAGAUCGCUGCCCUCCAGGCGGGAUUCCAAGAAGAGCGUCGCGCGCCCAGCUCCAUCCCGAAAGAAGGCAGCUCGCAGGGGUGCCCAGGACGAAGCCAGAGAGAUGCCGGCGACAAACCACAGCGUCGAGACCGACACAUCCGUCGUUGGGAAAGCAAGACAACUACUUCACCCCUCGGCCGUGCCAAACUCGCUGCCGUGUCGCGAGUCCGAGUUCGCCCAGAUCCAAGCAUAUGUCCAGGAUGCGCUGGAGUCGGCAUCUGGGACCUGCAUUUAUAUAUCAGGCGUGCCCGGGACAGGAAAAACGGCGACCGUGAACAGCGUCAUGAAGACACUCCAAGAGAUGGCCAGGAAUAAGGAAACGCCGAAUUUCAACUUUGUCGAGAUCAACGGCAUGAAGCUGACAGAGCCAUCCCAGGCAUACUGUGUGCUGUGGCAGUCGCUCACAGGGAAACAUGUGAGCUCGACCCAGGCCGCGCGUUUGCUCGAGUCCUAUUUCGAGAAAGGUGGCUCGAAAGAUCCUCCGUGUGUCGUCUUGAUGGACGAACUGGAUGUGAUGGUCACCAAAAAGCAGACCGUCAUGUACAACUUUUUCGACUGGCCGAAUCGCCCAAGCUCGCGCUUGAUUGUUGUCGCAAUCGCCAACACAAUGGACUUGCCGGAGCGCAUGCUCGCCAACCGCAUUUCGAGUCGCAUGGGCUUGACUCGGAUCAACUUCCAACCCUACACGCACCAACAGCUUACCGAGAUUGUGGAGUCUAAGCUGUCGGGAACCGAGCUUUUUACGAAAGAUGCCAUCACGUUCUGCGCACGUAAAGUCAGCGCGGUAACCGGCGAUGCACGUCGAGCCAUGGACAUCUGUCGGAAAGCCAUAGAUAUAUUCCAGAGCCAUGUCGAGCAAGCAAAGACACCCGAUGGCGGCGAGCUGUCCAAGAUCAGCAUCGACAUCAUCAACCAAGCCAUCAAGGAGCUCUCAAGCUCGCCGACUAUCCAAGCGAUCCAGAACGCCUCUUUGCACCAGCGGAUCUUUUUGGUGGCGCUGAUUCGGGUAUUUCGCAAGCACGGGCUUUCGCGAGCGCAGCUUGGAGAUGUUUCUCGCGAGCAUCUUCGGCUGUGUCAGCUGCUCUCCUAUUCAGCCCCCAAGUUCCACGAGCUCUUCCAGAUCUGCAGUACUCUCUGUUGCAACGGCUGCCUCAACAUCCAGAGCCACAAAGUUGAGAUCAACCACGAGAUCGAGCUCAAUGUCUCGAUCACAGAUGUGGAGACGGCUCUCAAGAAAAUCGACGAUAAGGCACUUUCGUUCCUCGGCUGAUAUCCCGCCAUUCUGUAGCCACCUGUGAUGGGAGGAUGGAGAGCAUGAAUAUACUUGUCGCAUGACAUACCUGCUACAUGAA